CACGGGCAGUCGACCAACGAAACUAGUUUGUGUUGUCAGGCGCCGGCUUUCGGGCACGCUUGCGUUAAAUCGAACCGUGAACUUUCGAUGUCGUGAAUAAAAACUGUUUUAAACUCUGAUAAAAAGCUUUUUGGUGAAUUAACAGUGUCUCUUUCUUUGCAGAAAAAAAAAAGAAAGUGGUGUUUACUUUUUAAGUUUCGAAUUUCGAACACUGAAUUCGAAGAAUUGAAACUCGAUUCUCGAUUUUUUUUUUAUUGUGAACUUUUUGCAAGCGAACUUUAUGGUUUGCGGGAAAAGGUAUUUUACAGUGUCGUCAGAGUUAUAGCAGUCGUUUAAGGAGCGAGAUGCGCGAGAGUCUGCGUCGGCUCGCGUCGGACGAGCUCGUGGCGCGCAGCAUCAUGGGCGGCAAGCGGCGCGUGCGCGUCGAGCUGUUGGAUGGAGAGCACAUCAACGUUGACAUCGACCGUAAGGCCCGCGGCUCCGAACUCCUGGACCGCGUUUGCGAGGACCUGGACGUGCGGGAGCGAGACUACUUCGGGCUGCUGCAUCAGCAGCGCGCCGACCCUCGCGUGUGGGUCGACCUCAACCGCCGCCUGUCCAAGACCUUCAGAAAUGAACCAUGGGACGUGAUUCUGGCAGUGAAGUUCUACCCUCCUGAGCCCUCAGAAUUAAGAGAUGACGUCACUAGGUAUCAAAUCAGCUUGGCUGUCAGAAGAGAUCUCCUGGAAGGCCGCCUCACCUGUUCCACCAUCACAUACGCGCUGCUAGCCUCCUACGUCCUGCAAGCCGAACUGGGUGACUCCUCCGGCGACAUUGCACCAUCCGCGCUGACAGAGCUGCGAGCCGCACCGCUACAUGCCCUCACUCCUGACCUGGAGGAAAGAGUGCGGGAACUAUACUCCAAGCACAAAGGCCAAACCCCAGCGGAAGCGGAGCUGAACUACCUGGAGAACGCCAAGAAGCUGUCUCUGUACGGCGCCGAGCUGCACUGCGCACGCGACCUGGACGCCGUCGACAUCGUGCUGGCCGUCUGCGCUAGCGGCGUCUCCGUCUACCGCGACGGGGUCCUAAUGAACCGCUUUCCCUGGGCCAAGAUCACGAAGAUCUGCUACAACAAACGCAACUUCACGCUCAAGCUGCGUCCCAGCGAGUUCGACGACUUCGAGACUGCGCUGUCUUUCAAACUACCCUCCACGAGGGCUUGCAAGAAGCUAUGGAGGUGCAGUGUGGAACACCACAUCUUCUUCAGACGCGAAUCCCCAGUAAAAGUGGAGCGCAUCGCAGGCUUCCCACGCCUGGGCUCGCGCCGCGUGUCGUGUCGCCGCACGCUGCGCCAGAUGCGCGCCGAGCCGCCGCCGCCGAGGGCCGUCAUCGCCUGACAGUUGACACUGACAGCUCACUGACACUGACAGUCACAGCUCGCGCGCGCUGAGGAAUGGCCGAUUGCAUUUUGGCCAUUAGAAACUGUAGAAAACAAAAAUAAUGUGUUGUUGGAACUGUGUAAUCGAAUUGCAAAAGUAUUAUUUUUGUACUCUUGUAUUUUUCUCUGUAGUUAAGUUAUACUUUACAACUAGCGCACUUUUCUAUUCUUAUAAAAAGUUUUUGUAUUCUAUAUUUUUGCGAUAGUGUCUGGUCCAGACGGGUGUAAUGUGUAAUGUAAUCCACCGUGUAAUGUAACACGAAUUCUACGUGUGGACGGCUGCCCAUUCUAUUUCCACUACAUUACACGAUACAUUACUUACAUAACACGUUACACCCAGCUUAAACUAAGCAAUGUAUUGUUUUUCAAUUCUGCAUCUAAGGAUUUAAGUUAAAAAGUGUUAUUUUAACCGACUUCAACAAAAGGAGGAGGUUUUUAUAAGAUUAGUAAAAUUACGACACGACAACUUUGGCGCUAAAAAGACUGUUGUAUUUCAUAGUAAACGACCGCGAAGUGCCAUUAUAAUGUUAAAAAUAUAAUAUUAAGUUAUUGGCAUAAGUAACUCAAAUCGAUUGCCCCAAGUGGGACUAGAACCACAGAAAUGUAUGUAUACAGCCCGAUUGAGCUAACUGCGCACCUCGCUGCAAUCCCUUGCACACCUCUCCUACUACGAAAAAAGCAAUCCAAAGUUCGUAUAUUUCCAUCCCUCUCACACAAAGCGAGGUGCCAACAUGAGUAACAGUGACAAAUAUCCGAAACUACGUAAACAGCGUUUCGGAGUAGCCCCGAAAGUAGCGUCGAUGUCACGUCACGGCUGCCAGAUGCGCAGUUAACUGGAUCGGCUCGUAGAACCUCUUAUGACCUUGCUUGCAGGUAGCAAAUGAAAGGUU